GGGCGACCCCGCUCAGUCCCCUCCUCCCCGGCAGCGGGGGACGGUCUCCCGCCGCCGCUAGGCGGGCCGGAGGAUGAGCCAGCAGCCGGCGGUGAAGAUGUCGGCGGCUCCCCUCACGGCGGAGGCGCUGGAGUCGGCGGCGGGGAUGCUCGAGGGCCGCCAGAGGAAGCUGGAGUCCAUGAUCCGCGACCCGCGCUCGCCGGUCAACGUGGAGAGCCUGCUGGAUGGCUUGAAUUCUUUGGUCCUUGAUCUGGAUUAUCCAGCGCUGAGGAAGAACAAGAACAUCGAUAAUUUCUUAAAUAGAUAUGAGAAGAUUGUGGAAAAAAUACGAGCUUUACAGAUGAAAGCUGAAGACUAUGAUGUUGUUAAGGUGAUUGGAAGAGGGGCUUUUGGAGAAGUGCAGCUGGUUCGCCAUAAAAUGACACAGAAGGUUUAUGCGAUGAAGCUACUUAGUAAAUUUGAAAUGAUCAAGAGAUCAGAUUCAGCCUUUUUCUGGGAAGAAAGAGAUAUCAUGGCCUUCGCCAACAGUCCGUGGGUGGUUCAGCUAUUUUGUGCCUUCCAAGAUGACAAAUACUUGUACAUGGUAAUGGAAUACAUGCCAGGUGGAGAUCUUGUAAACCUUAUGAGCAAUUAUGAUGUGCCUGAGAAAUGGGCCAAGUUCUAUACAGCCGAAGUUGUUCUUGCUCUUGAUGCAAUUCACUCCAUGGGCUUGAUACACAGAGAUGUGAAGCCUGACAAUAUGCUUUUAGAUAAAUAUGGGCAUCUGAAGCUGGCAGAUUUUGGCACUUGCAUGAAAAUGGAUGAAACAGGUAUGGUGCGCUGCGAUACAGCUGUGGGAACCCCAGACUACAUAUCGCCUGAAGUUUUGAAAUCGCAAGGGGGUGAUGGUUAUUAUGGACGGGAAUGUGACUGGUGGUCUGUAGGAGUUUUCCUUUUUGAGAUGCUAGUUGGCGAUACUCCUUUUUAUGCAGACUCACUAGUAGGAACGUACAGUAAAAUUAUGGAUCAUAAGAACUCUUUACAUUUCCCGGAUGAUGUGGAAAUCUCUAAGCAUGCAAAGAACCUUAUCUGUGCCUUUUUAACUGAUAGAGAUGUGCGACUUGGGAGAAAUGGGGUAGAAGAAAUAAAGCAUCACCCUUUCUUCAAGAGUGAUCAGUGGAACUGGGACAACAUUCGAGAGACUGCUGCUCCUGUUGUUCCUGAGCUUAGCAGUGAUAUAGAUAGCAGUAAUUUUGAUGACAUUGAGGACGACAAGGGAGACGUGGAAACCUUUCCAAUCCCCAAAGCCUUCGUGGGAAACCAGCUGCCUUUUAUAGGAUUUACCUACUAUAGAGACAAUUUGUUGCUAAGUGACUCCUCUCAGUCUUGCAGAGAAAAUGAAUCUGUGCAAUCCAGUAAAAAUGAGUUUCAGAAAAAACUAAGCAAGCUAGAAGAACAGCUCAGUAAUGAAUUACAAGCCAAAGAUGAACUAGAACAGAAGUACAGGUCUACUAAUACUCGUUUAGAGAAGAUAGUGAAAGAGCUAGAUGAAGAGAUAACUUUAAGGAAGAAUGUAGAGUCUGCAGUCAGACAGUUAGAAAGAGAGAAGGCUCUUCUUCAGCAUAAGAAUACAGAAUACCAGAGAAAAGCAGAACAUGAAGCAGAUAAGAAACGCAAUUUGGAAAAUGAGGUUAACAGUUUGAAAGACCAGCUCGAAGAUUUAAAAAAGAGGAAUCAGAACUCUCAAAUAUCCAAUGAGAAAAUCAAUCAACUACAAAGACAGUUGGAUGAAGCCAAUUCUUUGCUGCGGUCAGAGUCUGAUACUGCAGCCAGGUUAAGGAAGAACCAGACAGAAAGCACAAAGCAAAUCCAGCAGCUGGAAGCUAAUAAUAGAGAACUACAAGAUAAGAACUGCCUGCUAGAGAAUGCAAAACUCAAACUGGAGAAGGACUUUCUCAAUCUUCAGUCUGCUCUAGAAUCAGAAAGGAGAGAUCGAAGUCAUGGAUCAGAGAUUAUCAGUGAUUUACAAGGUCGAAUAUCUAGCCUCGAAGAAGAAGUAAAAAAUGGAAAGAGUGCAUUAGCCAAACUGGAAAUGGAGAAGAGACAAUUGCAGGAAAAACUUACAGAUUUAGAAAAGGAAAAGAGCAACAUGGAAAUAGAUAUGACAUAUAAAUUCAAAGUUAUGCAGCAGAACCUUGAACAAGAAGAAGCUGAACAUAAAGCCACAAAAGCACGAUUAGCAGACAAAAAUAAGAUCUAUGAAUCUAUAGAGGAAGCAAAAUCUGAAGCCAUGAAAGAAAUGGAGAAGAAACUUUUGGAAGAGAGAGCUUUAAAGCAAAAAGUAGAAAACCGGUUGUUAGAAGCUGAAAAGCAGCGCUCCAUGUUGGACUGCGAUCUCAAACAAUCACAACAGAAAAUCAAUGAGCUCCUUAGGCAAAAGGAUAUACUAAAUGAAGAUGUAAAAAACCUGACAUUAAAAAUAGAGCAAGAAACACAAAAGCGCUGUCUCACUCAAAAUGAUCUCAAGAUGCAAACGCAGCAGGUCAACACCUUGAAAAUGUCAGAGAAACAGCUAAAACAGGAGAAUAACCAUCUUCAGGAAAUCAAAUUAAGUCUGGAAAAACAAAAUAACGAACUCCGCAAGGAACGUCAAGAUGCAGAUGGACAAAUGAAAGAGCUUCAAGACCAACUUGAAGCUGAACAGUAUUUCUCGACUCUGUAUAAGACGCAAGUUCGAGAACUUAAAGAAGAAUGUGAGGAAAAGACCAAACUUUGCAAAGAAAUGCAGCAAAAGAUACAAGAGUUACAGGAUGAGAGAGAUUCCUUGGCUGCUCAGCUAGAGAUUACGUUGACAAAAGCGGAUUCAGAACAACUUGCACGUUCCAUUGCUGAAGAACAGUACUCUGAUUUGGAAAAAGAGAAGAUUAUGAAAGAGCUGGAGAUUAAAGAGAUGAUGGCUAGGCAUAAACAGGAACUUACUGAGAAAGAUGCCACAAUAGCCUCUUUGGAGGAAGCAAAUAGGACACUAACUAGUGAUGUGGCUAAUCUUGCUAAUGAGAAAGAAGAACUAAACAAUAAACUGAAGGAAGCACAAGAACAAAUUACAAAGCUGAAAGAAGAAGAAGCAAAUGUAGGAAAUAUUAAAGCACAAUUUGAGAAACAGUUGUUGAAUGAAAGAACAUUGAAAACCCAGGCUGUGAACAAAUUGGCUGAGAUCAUGAAUCGGAAGGGUCCAGUCAAACGUGGAGCUGACACUGAUGUAAGGCGGAAGGAAAAGGAAAAUAAGAAACUGCAUAUGGAACUGAAGUCUGAACGAGAAAAGUUAACCCAAAUGAUGAUCAAAUAUCAGAAGGAAAUCAAUGAAAUGCAGGCACAAAUAGCAGAAGAGAGUCAGAUACGGAUUGAACUCCAGAUGACUCUGGACAGCAAAGACAGUGACAUUGAACAGCUUCGUUCACAGCUGCAGUCAUUGCACAUUGGUCUAGACAACAGUAGCAUAGGCAGUGGACCUGGAGAUGCUGAGGCAGAUGAUGGAUUCCCUGUCCAUAUCACUCAAUCCCACACUAUGGAAUCCAUGUCCUUUACCUACCAGCACUCUUCUACCUCUGUCAGUAUUGCCACUAAGCCUUCCAGUUCUCGCAUGCUUCUCGAUUCUGAUUCUGACUCAGAGGAAGAACCUUUGUCUUGUUCCCACAGCCCUACAGAAGUUGAUAGCACAGAAUCAAGAUUAGAAGGCUGGCUAUCACUGCCUGUUAGAAAUAACACUAAAAAAUUUGGAUGGGUUAAAAAGUAUGUAAUUGUAAGCAGUAAGAAGAUCCUGUUCUAUGACAGCGAACAAGAUAAAGAGCAAUCUAAUCCCUAUAUGGUAUUAGAUAUAGACAAACUCUUCCAUGUCCGACCAGUCACUCAGACUGAUGUGUACAGAGCAGAUUCCAAGGAAAUUCCAAGGAUAUUCCAGAUUCUAUAUGCUAAUGAAGGAGAGAGCAAAAAGGAGCAGGAAUUUCCUGUGGAGCCCAUGGGAGAGAAGUCAAAUUGCAUUUGUCACAAAGGACAUGAGUUUAUACCUACUCUUUAUCACUUUCCAACCAAUUGUGAAGCUUGUAUGAAGCCACUGUGGCAUAUGUUUAAACCUCCUCCUGCUCUAGAAUGUCGCCGUUGCCAUAUCAAAUGUCACAAAGAUCACAUGGAUAAAAAAGAAGAGAUUAUAGCACCUUGCAAAGUGUACUAUGAUAUUUCAACGGCAAAGAAUCUACUACUGUUAGCUAGUUCUACAGAAGAACAGCAAAAAUGGGUGAGCCGACUGGUGAAAAAAAUACCCAAGAAGCCUCCAGCACCAGACCCCUUUGCUCGAUCUUCUCCCAGAACUUCCAUGAAGGUACAGCCAAACCAGUCCAUCAGACGACCAAGUCGACAGCUUCCUCCAAACAAGCCAAGAUUACUUGAUCUGGCAUUUAAGGACUGGGAUUGGUCAUUUGAUGAUGUUGAUGAUAUUGAUGGUGAUGAUGAUGACGAUGUUUUUGAUUUCUGAAGAAGUAUAAGGGCUAACUGCUUUCCAUGAACGCAGACACAAUUCAAGGUGAUAAUUUUCUUCCCGUUACAGCAAGACUGAAACAUAUCCCAAAAUAUAUUAAAAAAUAUAUAUUUUCCUGAGAGAUUGUGCUAUAUAUAUCAGAGGUUUACAUUUUUGCUGCAAUAUAAAUUACUAAUCUCUGAGGGUUUUCCUGUAUUCUCCUGAGUGACUGAUCAAAUGAGGAAUGGUUGGUAAAUAGUAAAAGGAUAUGUUAGGUAAACUUCUAAACUCUGUUCCACAAAAGCUUUCUUGGCAAGACACAUACACUACAUUUCAUGAAAGGAUCAAGAGGAAUGAAUAUUAAAAUGGAAGAAACUGACUUUUCAGCUUUCGUAAAGAUGCCACCAGCAUGUCUGCAAGAAGAACAGGAGGAAGAUCCACCAUAGUGAUAUAGACUGCAUCUGUAAGAAGUGACCAUUAUACUGUGUAUAUAUAUUGUACUGUAAUACUGCAAGAGGGUUUUAAAAAUCUUUCCACUUUAUUUUUUUAUGCUUAUUAAUCAGAUACCGUUACUUAUUGCAGUUGCAACUAUGCACUUGUAUAAAGCCAUAAUGUUGAAGUUUAUAUCAUUCAUAUACGUGUAUCAAAAGCUGCAUGUCAGUGUUCAGCAGCUAGUAUAAGUUUGAAGUAUAUACUAGUUUCAGCUACGUCAUCAUGGGCAGUCCUGUUUUACCUGUCUAAUUGCCUUAAUUUAAUUUUUUUCCAAGUUUUUUGCCCAUUCUCUAUUUAAGGAAAAAAGAAGGUUUACCAGCUCUUAGGAUGCAAUUUUGCUUUGUGGCAGAAAAAAUAGUGCACUAUUUUUACACCUAGUAAGUAUAUCAAUGUCAGCCUCUUUUGAAUGUAUAGCGACUGGUUUUAAGGGUGGAGAAGUGUUGGUUACAGAAACAAUGUCUGAUACCAUUGGAAUUACUAGACCAUUUGCUCGUACAUGUAACUGCUCAUCCAGCCCUUUUUACAAACCUCAAUAUUAGUUACUGACUUAUAUUAACCCUCAUUAAGUGCUACGAAACUUCAUUUUGCCUUGUUUUUGCAUACUCUCCUAGAUGUGUUUUUUAUUUCUGGAAAAAAAGAAUCUGUGACUAUUUUUACAUUUCACGACACAAUAUCAGAGGACUGUCACAAACUUUAAGAAAAGUAAAACAUACUGUAGAUGUAUUUUAAAAUUUUAAAUCUGGUUCUCUAGCACAUAGCUAUAGGUAUAGAUAAGUAUUUUGGUAGUGUGUUUUGAGAACUGAUAGCUGGGAAGAAAGGGCCUCAGAGGCACUUAAUCUGACUUUUUUUUUUUUUUUAAAACUUGGGAGUUGUACAAAAAAAUAUAAUUUAUGUGGACUCAUUCAUGAUGUGUUCAUAAUUAUCCCAGAAAAUGCAUGUUUUAUACAACUACAGUAUGCGAUGUUAAACAUAUUGACAGUAAAAAAUGUAGUCUCCUAUUUGGUCUCUUUAUAUAUAUAAAUAUAUAUAUAUAUUUAAAAUAUAUAUAUAUAAAAAUAUUGUGUGGGAGUGCAGUAAUUUAAAAUAUGAUCUAACACUUCAAUGAAGGAGGACAUUUCACUUUAAAAUUUUGUUUGUUUGUUUUUGUUUUUUAAAGAGUGUUGAAAUGUUUGGAAGGAUAGGACCAUGAUUUAUUUAACACUAUCAUGAAAGGUGGACUUGGAAACACUGAAAUACUGAAAAUUAAUAAAUAUAUUUACAUUUUGUAACCUCUACUACAGUUCAGCUUAACAGAGCCAGAAUGUAUUCAGUCUUCUAUUUAUGCACUGGCAAAGUAAGAUGUUGUGAGUUCUUAAGUUCAGAACUAAAACUUUCAGAUCAUUUCUGUUAGGUAUUAUAACCCAGCGCACAGCUACAGUGUUUUUUCCCUGCUUGUUUUGAUUUACAGAAGUACGGUAUAUUUUUAGGCAAUACAGAUUUGCGUAGAGUACAACAUUAAAAAUGUAUACAGUAAAACUGUUUCCAUUCACUGAAUGCAUAAAUAUUUUAUAUAUAUAUAUAAAAAAAUGUUACAUUGUGGGAAGUUCUAUCCUUUUCUGAAUUGGAGAAUAUUAUAUAUAUAUUUUUAAAUAAACUAUUUGAGUAAGGUAAAAUAGUUCCUGAACUUGAGAAGCUGGUAAUUAAUUGAAAUAUUUAAAUAUCUAGGCAACUAUUGCGGCAGAUAUGGUAAAGGCAAGGGUUGCUCAAAAGGAAGCCAAGGAAAGACUGUGUGGAGGAAGCAUAGACUCCAAGGGAGCUAUUUUGGCAAGCCAUCAGGUGCUGGGGCUGGAUCUGUUGCACUUUCUCUCCUUGGCUUGCCCUCAUUCACUGUGAAUCCCUGGGGCCCUGUUAAGCCUGACACUUUAGGAGAUGUACUGUAUUACAGUAUUUACUAGCCACAGUUUAUACACUCUAUACUUGUACAAUUAGUUGUUAGCUAUACAUACAGCAGGCUGUAUUGAGAUGGUAUCAUAGAAUGAUAUGGGCUGAUAGGGAGCACUGGAGGUCCUCUGGUCUGACCUCUACCUCAAAGCAGGGCUAACUUAGCGUAGGUUCCUCAAGGCUUUUGAGUUUUUAGUGCCUCUAGGGAUGGAAGUAUCAUAGCACUCCUCCGUUCUCCUUCAUGCAAUUUGUCCCAAAACAAAGGAACAGCGUGGGCUGUGUUGAGCUGUAAUGUGGAGAUCAUUUGGCCAAUGGUAUGAUGUGCACAAACCUUGUUUUGUACCCAGGACACAAAAGGCAAAGCUGCUCUUCUGUUCUUCUCGCUUAUCCUUCUGCUCAAGACAGAGCUUUCAUCUGCUGAUCUAUGGAAUGCAAAGAACUCUUAAACAUUAGUUCCUGGAGACUGUUGUUUCCUUAUUGUCCAGUGGUAGGUAAGCUUUUAAAAUUUUUGAGAAGAGCAUAUUCCUGAAUGAAGGAAUAUUUGUCUUAAAGUCACUGACAUUUAAACACUAUUUUUGUAACAGGGCUGUCCCAGCAAACAGGACAUUUUUAUGGCCUAGAUAACUUUAUCUAUAAAAAUUCUCUCAUUGCAAGUCCUUUUGUUUCACAAGAGUAAACAAAUAGCAUAGCCAAGUUCCAAAUUAACCUUCUGGAAAAAUCAGGGGUCAAACUUGGAGCCAGAAGCUUAAGAUGCUUGUACGGAAGUUGCUCCUUGGUUCCCAUCCAAGAGCUCACCAGCACGGAAGCUGGACAGGAAGACCCCAUUGGAGUUAACGUGUCAGUUGUCACAAAGACCUUUCUGCAAGGAGAUUUCCACUUCUCUCCUAGUUGUGUACUGCAGUUUCCUGCUUCUAGUGGUUCCUGCCAAAGCUCAAACCGUCACAGUGCUGCCAGGAAUCCAGCACCAAGUCUGCAUACUGAAGGAAACUCUGUGGUUCUUGUGCUUCUUGGCAUGGUUGAUGCUGUAACCAAAACAUGACAUGGACCAUAGAACCACGUAGGACUUGGAGACAUGCAAGAGGCUCAAGUAUCAUGGCAGGCAGUGACAGUGGCCAAAUUUAAAACAUGACUGAAGUUUCACUGCAAGUGUCUAAAUCUCUUACUAAUUCUGUUGAAGACACUGAACCUCCCACAUUUUUGACAGGCAUUCAGUGGCUCUCUGAAGUCACCAAGGCCAGGAAAGCUGCUGCUAGAAAUUAUAUGCUUUGUCUCUUUAGUUUCUCAGGCAGUGUCACAUGAUCAUUCGAAAUUUGAGCAUUUGCGUUUAUAAUCUUACAAGGUAUUAGUUUCCCAUCUAGUUUUGAGAGAAUCAUUCUUGGAAGAGGAUUUACAUAUCUUGGUCUCAAGUGCCUUCACCCAUCCUGUGCUCGUGAGGUCGUAUUGAGAUGCUGCUGUGAAAAGGGGGAACUUGUAUGAAAACAAACUUCUUACCUGCAUUGCUCUUACAAACUCUUACCACCUCUUUAUUCUAAGGCAGGAGAACAUAACAGUCCAUGGUCCAGUUCAGGGAAUUGGAGUAUUUCAGUCUUCUCUGCAUUCCUGGAUAGUUUGCCUCAGCAUUCAUGUUAAAAUAGUGAUAAUUUAUUUUUUCGCAGAAUCAUAGAGUAUCUCGAGUUGGAAGGGACCCAUAAGGAUCAUCAAGUCCAACUCCCUGCUCCUUGCAGGAGUACCUAAAACUAAACGAUAUGACUAAGAGCAACAUCCAGACGCUCCUUGAACUCCAACAGGCUUGGUGCCUUUUCAGUGCAUUACAGUUGAUUAUGGACUAUCAUCUCUGCACAUACUACACUUAAAAAAUAACAAAUGUUUUCAAUUUAGAGAUGAUCCUAUUACCUUCUUCUGGGAUUAUGAGCACCCCAUGGAUCAUGAAGUUUUGCCUACUGCUUUGAAGUAUCCCUCAUGAGAAUGGGAAGGAGUUUUCUUUUGGAUCUCCGUAAAAGAUGUUGAUGGAGUGGUUCUGAAAGUAAUUCAUGUUCUUUGUUGAAGUUGCCUGUAAAGUGGACAAUGAUGUACUCGGACACGCUCAUCUGAGAAGUAAGACAAGUCUACUGAGAUAUAUGUGGCAGAAAAGAACACUGCAUCUAAGCACAUCGAGUCUAGGUCUCCCCAGAAACUACUGCAAUGAGUGGAAAAGCGCACCAUAAAACCAUAGCUCCAAGAAGCGGGGACUCAGAGGAACUGUAAUUUAUUAGCAUAGGGAUGCUAAUUAACAGGCCUUGUUAUGAAGAUAGGGGUUUUGAAUCUUUGCUCCUUUGUAGGCAGGAAGCAUUGUUUUAUAAGGGUAAGAAAGUCAAGUUACUACCCGAUACUUGCUAUUCCAAGUGUGAGCUAGAUUUGACCACUGCUGCUUUUGCUCCAGUAAUCUUACAGAAGCUCCAGGAUUAAAGUGGCCUUGCAAAAUGAAAGGCACGGUGAGAGGUAGCAAAAUUACAAAGUUAUAAGUGUACAUCGUCCUGCAUACCUUAAAGAAAUCUGGAAAGACACAUCUUUACCCUGAAAAGCAAGGGCAGAGAGUGCAGCAGCAACUGCAUGUCCCUGCAACCCUUUUUAGGUUGCAGGAGGAGCAGCUAUGGAAACAUGCUUUCACAGCCAAGGAAACUGUAUGUGAUGCUUCAGUCGUAUCACCCCAUUUUGAGGUCUAGGCCUUAAAGGUUUGUUCAGAGAUGUGAACCUACUUGUAUGUAUAGUCUUAUAGUGUCAUGUCCCAGUGUGCCUCUUGGGUCAUCCAGUUCUUGUCAUUUGUCAUCACCCUUGUUAAGCUUUUGGUUUUUUUUUUUUUUUGCCCAGGAUGCUGUUGCAUCACUUGGUAAGCAUGGUCACCUGAUGAGAAGUACAUCAAGCUUGUGGGAUCACUGCGAAUCCUCUUCUUUUCCUUUGGCUUGCCAACUGCUUAGACUUUAAGCACUGAAUUGCCAUGUUAGCAAUGUAUCUUGGAUAUGUGCUACUUUUUAUUAACGAGUGAAUCGGAGGAAACAUUUUUGGAGGUGUCCAAGAUACGUAAUAACUGUUUUAAGGCUGAAGGAGCCAGGAACCCCACUGUCUGAACCCUUUUUCACAUUCGCUGGCCCUAGCAUUGUCUCUUACCUCAGCUGUGUUCUAUUUUUCAAACAGCUGAAAAAUUUUUCAGCUCUCUAAGCUGAUCUUGUAGCUAGGCGCAGCUUCAGGGCUUGCAUCUACUUGCUGGAUCCCAUGGCCUCACAUGUCUGCGUGAUGUUGUACAGCAUAUUACAACCCCUAUGUACUGGGGGCCAACUGAGGUUCAGCAGGAUCUGUGUAGCCACUUGUCUGCCCUGGAGCGAUGGAAGGACUUGAUACAUACAGUAAGGAAGCUCCCCUAUGUGCUUCGUAUACCGUUCAGAGCAACAGCAGUGGGAGUUUUAUUACUGGGAAGGUGGGCAUACGUGCAAGCUUAAAACAAACAUCAACACUGAGAGAGGAAAAUACCCUUGAGCUCAGAGAGACCAUGGGGACUAUAAGUCGUGCUGACAGCGCAUUUCAGGGAAAACAAAAUCUCUCAAGUCACUGUCUUGCAAGUCAGCCCAGUGAAAUCUGUAUGUAGUCAGUUGCUCAACGGUGAAGAAUUUCUUUACAGUAAUUCGGUAACUUAAAAUACGCUUUACACAAGCUCAAUUUGUGCUUCAUUAGAGUCAUGAUUUACAUGACAGAGGGGACACUGAGGCAUAGGAAACGUGUUCUUCUAUUUACACUUUUCAUACAGUGUGAGAGAGGUCAGCAUCUUGGUACUGCUGGCCAAAGCCUCCAAAUUCAAAAGCAGAAAUCUUGUUCAUCCCGGAGUAGGCAUAUACACAGAUGACUUGCAAUUACAAUAAGGUGGUAAGUAGAAUUUAUUUUCAGCCUGGAGCCAUGUUACUAUUUAAUUUGAAUCAUAAUCAUUGUUAGCUAACUGUUCUUGGCACGUUUUAGGCUAGUGCAGGUUCUGUCCUUCAAAUUAGUUUCCAGAAUACUUGACAGAUAAAACAAGAUGCCCUCUUAAAUCUCCCUUCCUGUGAGCCAGUAACACUGCAUCGUACACAGAAGUACUUGUUCAGGCUACUGACAGUUGAAGACAGCUAUGAGCUAAAAUAAUGAAAACAGGGCAUGAACAAAAUUAUGACAAUUAUUUAAAUUGUCCUUUAGGUAUCCCCAACUAAAUUUCAUCAAGAGUAUCAUGUAGUGUAAAAAACUUCUUAUUUUACCCUGGUCCAAAGGCUGAAUUUUUUUUCAAGACAGAGAUGGUGCUUGCCUCAAACCACUUCCAAGGUAGAAUGGAAUAGUUGACACCUUUAUCUUGAAGAUGUCCAUAUGUCCAUCUUGCCAUCAGGCAGGAAACACCUGAGGUCCAUCAGGACUCAGGUCUGUGAGACUGCCAAGGUCUUGCAAUUGGAUCCAGCACAAGUGAUGAGCUGGCAGGUUCUUGAGGUGAUGUUUAUUGUGGCUCCCAGAUGCCUAUUUGACAUCAACGGCCAUCAUCUCUGAGAACUCUUUUAAGUAUUUUGGAGAACUCUAGCUCAAAGUCAAGCAAAUUAAAUUCAGUACAAACCAAGAAGUUAAUAACAUCCUAUUUUAAGUUAUUUUUCAGCUUCCUCACACUCCAAAUUGGGAUAUCCUUAGACCAUUAUUAGUGAUGAAGGCAACAUUUCAUGUUCUGCUUCAUACAUAAAUAUGAAUCUCAAGUAUUGAAGGAAUGAAGGAAGGGAAUGGAACAAACCAGCCUGAAAAGAACUAGCAGGGAAGGAAUAAUUAUUUAUCAUCAUAGAAACUACAGGGCUGGGAAACUACCUCAUUUGAGUUUAUCUCCACAUCUGUGUAGCUUUUAAUUUAUAAUAAUAUAAUUCUUCCUGUUGGCUCUGAGGUGUUCUGGGUUUUUUUCCCUAUUACAUAUGUCCUUAAAUGCAUAAUGAUUGGUGGAGGAAGAGUAAUUUUACCUCAUUUAAAGGAGUGAACGAAGGCUUUUUAAAAGUUGUAAGCUGUUUGGGACUUUUUAGCUGUGAAUGACUUUCUCCAAAGAGUCAAACUGCUCUAAAAUCCAGCUUCUGAGCUCCGGCAGUUGAGGUGUGUGUCCACCUGCCCACCCCACUCCUUUCUCUCCUGUUUUAAUAGAUCAGAUUAGCAGAACCAGGUUAGGGAGCACCUACGUGCACAAUGUAAGCCAGUGGAACAGGCUGAGGGGUCAGACAGGGACAGGGACUUGCGAGCAGUCCAAGCAGUAACAUCUUUUGCUGGAUUAGGGUAACACAAAGAAACAUACAUCUAUGUCUGCGUAGUUUCACUCUGCGCAAAAUGCUAAGUAUUACGGAGGCCCGUAGGGUGGGGGAGAUGAUGGGUUUGCUUUUGCGUAUGAUGUUCCUGUUCAUGGAGGACAGUUGAGAAACAGGCUUUUGGGAAAAGUACACUAUACAUAUCUUCCACUGUCUAUACCCGCACUUUCAGACCUGCAACAUGCCGUCUCUGGAAUCAUGUCCUCAUGCCUUUUUUUUGGAUAGUAAAUCUCAUCAUAAACAUUUUCUCUUUCAUACUGUUAAACUGAGGGUUGUGGCUAAGUGGAGCUGGUAGCUUAUCUGUUACCAAAUGCAGUCAUAGUUCAUCAUAUCCAUAGCUGGAGAUAUUUGGGGUUAUCCAGUAGACUGUACUAGAAUUCAGAUCUUGUCUUUUCACAGGCAAGAAAACUCGUACUUUUUGAAAGCCCGGACAGGACCCACACUUGACCAGCCAGGACAGGAAAGGCAAUGUUACCUUGUGAGCAUGUUGUGAACUGCUGCAGUCAGACACCGAGUGUGUAAUUCAGCACUUGCACAGGAUCUGGGAAGGGAGAGGCAUUACUUCCAGCCCUCUGGAUAAAAGUUGCUUGCUGGCUUACACACCCUGCAAUAAACCCAAGAUGCUUUCCCUGCCCAUCUUUGGUCCGCUGCUGCAUUACGCAGCAAGCAACUCACUUGUGUCUGCCCUGAUACUGCUGAAUGACAAGUUUAACAAGAUUUAUCCUCCCCGUGUAUCUUGUCUAAAGCUAUUGCCUCUAAUCCAGCUAAGAAGAUUAUGGUUUACGUACUGGAAAACCACAGGCUCUAUGCUUUUGUGGGCCUUGCCCAGGACUUGAGCAUAUGUCAGCCUGACAAAAGUGAAAGAAAUUAUUCUCUGGGGGGAAAAAAAGUGUGUAAAACUAUUUACUGCUGCCUUCUGAUUUGUUCCAUAUCUCUUGCAGCUUGAAUGAGAACUCAUGGUCCAGCUUUCCAAGUCCACAAAAUUACUUUACCUUAAGCUUGUGAAUUACCCAGCUUUGUUUCUUUUCCUCAGUCUCUUUUUUUCCACAGGUUUCUACGAUGAUUUAUUCGAAAUAUGUUAAGUAACCUGUAAAGAACUUUUCUUAAAUGUGUUUUCAGCGUCUUAUGAUGAAAAAAAACAACUUGAAGUGCUGAUCCUCAAACCGAGAAUAGAGUGUCUUCAUCAUUUUGCUGCACUAUCACUCAGGAGUAUGAAAGAUGUCAGUAACAGAGAGGAUUUGGACUCUACAAAUCUUUCUCUAUCAAGAAGAGGCUUUAAUUAAAAAAAAGGAGAUGAGAAGUGUGGUUUUUUCCUUUUAAGAUGCUGGAGGUCUUCAGCAUUUUACAGGUUAAUAUACAGCCUGAUGCUUCAAAUAUUAAGGUGAAAUCUGCCCAUUAAUGACCUGCAAUGAAUAUUUAAUUUUCUCUCCAUAUAUGGAAACAGAAUAAAAAAUUAAAUGUAAUGCAAAUGAACUGCCAUGAAGAAUAGCGUUUAUUAAUAUGACCUGGAAAAUGUAUCACAUGCCUCCUACCACCAUUUAGACCACUUCAGAUAUUUUACACAGCUUUAGUAAAAUCAUAACAGGACCUUUACAGUUACUCUCUCAACCAACAGAGAAACAGUUACACAUUUUAUUGGAGCAGUAAAAAAUCCUCAUUUUUGAACUUGCUCUCAAUAAUAUGAGAUACGUGAAAUCGUAUGUCCACAGACAUACCUCUUCCUACCCCUUCCCGCCCUAAAAUCAGAGUUUACAAAGCAGGUAUGUUUUCUGACAGUGAAGGUCUCGGUCUGAGUGCAGGGUGUACGCUGGCGGAAACAUCUGCAUUUGCAGAUCCCACUCUUCCGCAAGAGUCCAAUGAUUUAGCAUGUUGCAAGGAAAACCUGCCUCAAAUGUAGUCAAUGCAGUCCUCCCAUAGUUUUCAAGGGUGCCAGCACCAAGGAUUGCCUUGGUUUUAACAGCAAUACUGUAAGAACUCUUUUGAAAAGGCGUAUCUUUUCAUUUUGGAGAACAUAAUGAGAAUUGAAGGCAAGCUGUAUGAUUAGUUCUGUAACUUUUGGUUGGAAAGGCAUUACUUCCAAAAAAAAUCCCCCAUUAACAGUUCUCAACAAUAUCCUUUUCCCUUUUUUAAUAUACCUACUACAAAUUGAUUAGAAUCUCAAAAGACUUAAAUUUUUACUUUAAUGUUCUUCAGCAUGGACAGGCUGAAAACUAACAAAGCACAGAACAGUAUCAUCAAAACCCAGUCACCAUUGGAGACGAGUCUGCUAUGAUGCAUCAAGCUGUACAUGUAAAGGGGUCACUGUCAGUAUGGACUGCAUUUGGGGAUUCUGGGUAUCAGUUCAGGAACUUUGGCUCAAACACAACUUUUAACUCUGUUAGUCAAAGUUUCAUCAAUUCCUAUACGCUCUAGUCUCUGCUGUUCCCAAAACUGUAUGUUCAGUGAAUGAGAGCUCAGGUUGAAAAAGAAGAAUUCAUAGUUGAGUUUUUGCUCAUAUCCUAAUAAAAACUGGGUAUUUUGAAGAAAGUGACCAUGGGUAUCCUGUAUCAGCUGUAUAAAUUGUACUAUUUAAGUGUUGCAUGUAAGCACUACAAUCCCAACUGGGUUUGUGACUUAGUAAAACACAUUCAGAACCUUAUUUUGGAUUAGGCCUUGACUUAGAUUUUCUUCAUCCUAAAAUACAGAUAGUUAAUGUCUAACUAAUUGAGUUGCCUGCAGGAAGACGACAAACAUCUGUUGUUUUUCAAACUUGCAGCAGAUGCAGAAAGAUGAGUUGGUAUGUUGGUGCAAAAUUGGUCUUGUGUAACUGAAGAAAAUUGCUUAUAUGUAACCAGAAAAUACUGAAGUGAUACAAUAAUAUAUGAACAUCUAAAUAUGAAAUACCGUGUUCAUUUAGUAAAAAAAGUCCAGAGAAAAUGUGAUAUCAGUGAAACUUGUCUUAAAUGACCAAUAAAAAUAUGCUGCUUAAA